UAACCAACCGCCUUUAAAGCCCUCCCCUUUCCCCCCCUCUCCUCGUCGCCCCGCCCUUCCCCUCUUCCAUGAGCGGCCGGCGCCCAAUCGCGGAUCCUGGGGGGAGGCCGGGAGGAAGAGUGGCAGGCAUGUGCGCCAAUGGCAUGACGGAGGCGGAGGCUGAGGGAAGGGGAGGGGCCCACCAAGGCGUGUGAGGGAGGGAGUGUAUGUGGCGGCGGCAGCAGAAGCAUCGUCUCUCGAUGGGCGUCGUUGGCCAGACAGGAACAGGCCGGGGAGCCCAGGUGGGGCCUGCGCAGGCUACCUUUGACUUGGACCACAGAUUUACUUAGAAGAUUCCUGAUUUCCUGUAUCUAAGAAUUAGGAGCACACCACAAAACCACAGAUUCCAAGACUAAUCCCUUAAUAAUGGAUACCCCUGAACUGCCGGCAGUGUUUGAUGGGGUGAAGUUGGCUGCUGUAGCUGCUGUUCUGUACAUUAUUGUCCGCUGCCUGAAUCUGAAGAGCCCAACUGCCCCUCCUGACCUCAUAUACCAAGACACCCCUUUGUCCCGUUUCCUAAUUAAGUCAUGCCCUCUUCUAACCAAAGAGUACAUUCCACCUCUGAUCUGGGGUAAAAGUGGUCACAUCCAGACAGCUCUUUAUGGGAAGAUGGGGAGAGUAAGAUCGCCACAUCCUUAUGGACUCCGCAAGUACCUCACAAUGUCAGAUGGUGCAACAGCAACUUUUGACCUCUUCGAACCGUUGGCUGAAAAUUGCAUUAGAGAAGACAUCACUAUGGUAAUUUGUCCUGGAAUAGCCAAUCACAGUGAGAAGCAGUAUAUCCGCACCUUUGUGGACUAUGCCCAGAAGAACGGUUAUCGAUGUGCUGUGUUAAACCACCUUGGGGCCCUGCCAAACAUUGAGUUGACUUCGCCACGCAUGUUCACUUACGGUUGCACCUGGGAAUUUGGAGCCAUGGUUAACUACAUCAAGAAGACCUACCCCCAGACCAAGCUGGUUGUGGUGGGCUUCAGUCUUGGUGGGAAUAUAGUAUGCAAAUACCUGGGGGAGAACCAGUCUAACCAGGACUCUGUGUUGUGCUGUGUGAGCGUGUGUCAAGGGUACAGCGCGUUAAGGGCACAGGAAACCUUUAUGCAGUGGGAUCAGUGCCGAAGAUUUUACAACUUUCUCAUGGCAGACAAUUUGAAGAAAAUAAUCUUGUCUCACAGGCAAGCUUUGUUCACUGAGAACUCCAAAAAGCCUCAAUGUUUGGCAGAUACAGACUUGAACAGACUUCACACUGCGACAUCACUCAUGCAGAUUGAUGACAACAUCAUGAGAAAAUUCCAUGGCUACAACUCCUUAAAGGAAUACUAUGAGAAGGAGAGCUGUCUGCACUACUUGCACAGAAUCUGUGUUCCCCUCCUGCUAGUUAAUGCUGCUGAUGACCCUCUGGUUCAUGAUAGUCUCUUAUCUAUUCCAAAAGCCCUUUCAGAAAAGCGGGAGAAUGUCAUGUUUGUUUUGCCUCUACACGGAGGUCACCUGGGCUUCUUUGAGGGCGCCGUCCUCUUUCCUGAGCCCCUCACCUGGAUGGAUAAGCUUGUGGUGCAGUACGCCAAUGCUAUCUGUCAGUGGGAGAAGACUAAGUCCCUGUGCUCUGAUGCAGAACAAUCAUCUGGCCAAGAAUAAACAGUCCCAGGAGAUGUUUCAGGUUGUCUCACCUUAAUCCCCGUCUUCUGGAACUUGUCUCUUCUUCCUCCUGCUUUUCCAGGCCAGUCUUCUGAACCCCUUGAUCUUGGGCAUUGGACCGCAGUGUUUCAUGCCAAAGCAGAUCUGCGACACAAGGAGUUUCAUAGCUGGUUUUGAGCAACUUGGGUAUCUUAUCUGAAUGUUCACAGUGCUCUCGUCCAUGGAGAAAACUGAUCCACUGUGUUGAGGGAUGGCUCGUUCUUGGGCGCGUCAAGGUUCCGAAAGCAGUGCAGCAACAGAACCUCUUUGAAAGGAGCAAGCAGUUCCAGUGCUCUUUCCCUUUGGCUCACACGUCCGCUCCGAUCACAAGAGAAAAGCAAACAGAAGAACAGCCUCCUGUGGGGUUUUUUUUAGCAAAACCUAAAUAGCUGUCACUACUGUGAGUCAUAGGUUCCAUUCUCUUUGUGGUUGCAUUUGCCUCGCCAGCCCCACACAACCCACUAAGGGGAGAAGUUUAUGUCAUUCCGUAGAAGAAGCCAGCAGUUCACAUUUACAAGUUGUCUGUAUGGCCGCCCACAAAAUCAAGGAAGAAGACGUGGAAUUUUGAGUUUUUCGGAUUCUUAUCCCUCUGUGAAAGCAAGGAACCAUGUUCUUUUCGAUUAAAGCACUGCUAGGUUUUGAGAUUGUUUUGAAAGAACUUGGAAUCUUAUCAGCACUUCAGUUUCCCCAGAAUAUUGGCGUGGAUGGCCGAGUGCAUUCGUCACAUGUUGCGUUAUUGUCAGGACUUCACACAUAGGAGGCUUCUGAGUAGAUCAGUCCAGUGGAUUCUUGGAUUCUCUUUCUCUCUCUUUUAUUUUUUUACCACUUGAGACUACACAAGUAGCCUUGUGAGACUUGCCUUUUGUAAUGUAAGGAGUUUUAUUUUGACACAAGACUUUUGUGUGCUCUUAACCCAGGCCUUUUAAUACCAUCUCUGGAUGGAAGCCAGUUGAUAGCAGUCUGUGGGUAGUUCAGGUCCCCUUUAGAAUAGUUCCCCCCCCCCCAGCAAAUCUGUGUCUAUGCUCAUAGGAAAUCUGUGUGUGAGAGGUAGAAUCCACAAGAUACCCAUGCUCUUUGCCUCACCCUGGUCUCUUGGGCUCAUGAGGGCGGCCCAUGAAAAAUAAAGCCGCCAAAGUUUAAGGCACCUAGUGGCUAUUUCAGUUUGAGGUGGUAAGGAUGGGACGUGUCUGCUACGCCAAAUAGCAAAACGUGUUUCCGUAUUUAAAUGCCUCUGCAAUUGUUUGGUUCCAUAAGACAAAUUUCAUGAGUCUAGCACUACAUGUUGUUGUCUUUUAGCACAAGAAAAUGCUGCCUAUUACAUUAAGAUAAGAUGUGCCGAGGAAGCGAUCUCUUUGCUACCAUAGAAUUGAGAGAGAGAGAUCAGUACUGAAGUAUUUUUUGCCUGCAAGGGAAAGAAGUGUUCUAUCAGGAUGGUGAUAAUGGUUAUGUUUGGAAGAAUCUGGUUUAUAAAUCCCUGUAUUAAGAUAGUAACAGAACUCUGUGGUCAGACUGCUUUGCUUUUACUCCGCUCUGGAAGUGUUCCCAUGUAGCAGCCCCAUUCAUCACUGUUUCUUACAGUAACCAUCACAUCAAAAUGUCUCCCUAUCAGUUAGCACUUUAUUAUUUUUAACUGUUAUUUCGCUAGCUAGGCACUUUAAUUCUAGGGUUCCUUUGUUUGGGGGUUUGUUUUUGUUUGUUUGCUUGCUUUUACCUUGGGUAGGAAGCCUUUCUUAGAGGGUUUGCUGGCAUCCCCUGGGUCAGCUUUGAAAUUCAGAAACAUUUGUGCUUUGUUUAUGGAGUGGUGUUGUUUUCUUUAAGUGAGCAAUAAUUAAGUGUUGCAACAAAGGUGGAUUUUUCCCCAUCAAAUGUCAAGAUUCCCUUCAGUCUUAGUCCAGCAGUCUUGGCCUGUUCAGCAGACUCUGCAACUUAAAUCACAUUUUAUCUGGUGAAAGGAUUCGGGCUCUCUUCCUCCCCAAGACAAGGGGAAAUGAUGGAGCCACCCAGUGCAGGAUUCAGGUAGUGUGCAUAAAGCUUUCCUUCUGUGUCUUCCUGAACAGCAGGCUUAGUAUCCUUUCUCAUCCUGUUUCUCCAUCAUCCUUUAGCAAGUUCUGGUACAUUCUGAAAUGUACAGAAUCCAAUAUAAGGACCCUAAAAACGUCAUGCACAGCUGACAUGGUGGCUUGCACUGCUGAGAAUUUUUCUUCCUACCGGAGCAGAAUCAGAUGUUUCAGUUACUUUUGUUCAGUAUAGGACACAAGAUGGGAGUUAAUGUGGUUCAUUCAUUUCCUGUGGACUGUUUGUAAGGAGUUCUGCGGUUGGUUCACAAUACAUCGCCAUCCAGCGUUAUUAGCUUGCCCUCCUCCUCAGCCUGAAGCUGAUUCCCAGCAGCUAGUAGGAAAAGUAGUGCAACUUGACCUGCUGCCAAGACCCAUCUUUCUCUUCAACCAUGCUUAGCAGCAGACUUUUAGCACGAGGGAAGUUGUUUUGGCUUUUACCCAAAGACCUUGCAAUUAAAAUGAACAGACUGUAACUUAAAAGUAUAAACAUAGGUUUUUCAUAUCUUCUCCUGCUGAAAGUGGAUGGCGGGGCUGCACCGCUUACUUGAAUUUUUUUUUAAGGGUCCAGGAACUGCAGAUUGGUUUCCCAAGUAAGCAAGAAAGGGAGUCAGUGCCUUCUUUCGAUGGCAUUCUUCAGCUUUGGUGCUCAGGGACGGGGUGGCUGUGCACCAGUAUACUGUCGCCUUUUUAGGGAGAAGAGCUAUAAUUUAAAAUGUUGAGGGGGGGGAAUUCUUAAAACAAACAAAAGUGUCAGAAUCAAUUUGAAGAUGUGUUUGUUCAUGAAGGAUAGAAAGAGACUUUGGGCAUCAUCCCACAAAUAUGGAGCCAUACAGAGGACCAAUCCCAAGGCGCUUCGUUCAGAGGUGUAAUCGUUAUGUUCGAAAAUUGUUGCUUGUUUGUUUUUUCCUUGCCCUGAGAAUAAGUCCAGAAAUGAGAUGGUCUCUUGGGUCUGCCAGAGUCUGUUCUGCUACUGCAGGGGAAAGCAUGGUAUGGUGAUGAGAGCUUGACUAAGAUGAAGUAGUUAAACAGAUUUGAGGUUUCGGGGGGGGGCGGGGAAGAAGCAGCAGCUACACAAGUCGAAACUGGGACUGGUAUUUGUCCCUGAAAUCACGACAAGGAAAUGAACAAAGGGGAGAUGGUAGUUUGUAUCAGUAAGUACAUUGUCCCAGCAGGAAAAUUAUGAGCAAGAAGGUGGUUUCAGAUGUGCCAGCCGCACCUCCAGGCCCUUCCCAGAGAUCUGUAUUUAUUGGCACUUUGGCUGGGCUGUUCUGCACUGGUCUCAGUGGCAUGAGGGCGCAAGGGCAGCCUUUCCUUGAAGUUCGGAGAUUGGAAGUGUGGGCCCUUUGCUCUCCUUGAAGCGCAAGGAUCCAAUUCCCAUAGGGGUGCGCCAUGUGACACCCAUGGGAUCUGUGGCCUUCAUCCUGUGUAAACAUCCUCUCGCUCUUUCUACUUACGUUUCUGUCUGGAAUAAGUUUCUUUUGCCCACUUCUCCCUUGAGGUACCUUUGGGAUGGCGACAUGGCAGAAUGACAUGAAAUUGUCUGGGUUAAAAUGGGGGAAACAAUCUGUGUCAUUUUAUAUCAGUAAUUUUACUGUAUAACAUUUCUACAUCUGGUGUUCUGUUCUCUUUUUUUUUGCUGGUCACAUGAACAGCACAACCAUAAAAGGGCAGCAUUUAUUAAGCAGGAACUGAGAAUUGGUAUUUCCCAUCCCCGCUACUUCUUCCCCAUCACUGCCAGAUGGGACCAGCCUUUCUUUUUUCCUUUGUGCAGGAUUUGUCCCCGUUACCUUCUCUGUCCCUGAGACCAUCAAACCGAAUCUGUUAAUUAAGGGAGCAACCCAUUGUCUCCUGAGAUAUUUGCUCUUGUGGUUCAGCAAAAUACUGUGGGCCUUUUUUGCAGUAGCAGGACCAUUUUUGGACUUUGGCUGGAAGCAGCAAGUGUCUUUGCUAGUGCGGACAGCCUUGCCGCUAUUCCCUGUGGUUCAGUUUCAUAUCAGAGUGGCUAGGUUUAAAAAAGGAAAAAAAAGGGGGGGGGUAGCUUAUCCCAACGUCAGCACUAGCUGUUGUAAACUCGGAACUUGGAGAGCUUAACUCUGUCAUCAGCAGUCAUAUCCUAUCCACAGGAAUCUAAUAAAGCCAUAGAUUCAUUCUGGAUAAGAGAACAUUCCCGGUCUUGUUGUUUUUCUCCUCCUGAACAACCCAAGCAGAGCGAUAUCCUAAACACACCUCAGGAAGCCAGACCAGUACCUGUGCACUCUUUGAUUUCCAUCACUGCAGCUGCCUUACUCAGAGUGAGUUGAGUGUUUGGGUUUUAAUUUUAUUUUUAUUUUUGUCCAAGUCUCGGGGGGGUGGUUGGCAGUUUUUGUUUCCAAAUAGACCUUUCAGAAACCGCAUUCCCGAAUUCUUUGGAAACAAAAAAACAAAAACAAAAAACCACACACAAAAAAAAUGCUGCCCUGAAAAAGUUUCAUGUUUGCAAGCGAUUCUUCAUCGUGACCGGUUCCUUUCUGAACUCUUAGGAGCUGGUUGUUUUGGGGGACAAACAUUUGCAACUAGCAAUGCAAUUUUUUUUCUAAAUCUGCUAAGGUUUCAUGUUUUAAUCAAAGUGUGUCCCUUUUUUCCCCCCUUAAUUUUUGUUUUCUGUGUGGGCUAGACAGAGGUCAUUGCGGAACAGAGUAAUUUUGUUAUAUUUGAUUCAAUGGAUUUCUUUGCUUAAAAAAAAAUAAAGAACUUUCUGAGUUCGGAA